AUGUGUGAGCUGAACUUAUUUCAGGAUAACGUCGCCGCAAGCCUGAUCGAUUUCUCCCUUUCCGAUAUGAAAAAAGAACCGAAUAAAAAAAUCAGUCUUGCAAACGAAGAGUUCAAAUUCAAUGUGAGAAAAGAAAGAAUUCACGGAUCAUCUGGAACAAAGUCGCUUCGAUCAAUCGUCCUGCCACAAUCUAUUGUAGUGAUAGUGUUCCGUGGAAAUAUGAAUAAGACGGAGUGGGCAUCAAUUCACAAAGCAGCAAGAAGAAUCAGAGGAAAUGAAGAAUAG